AUGCCGCCCAAACCCGGCGCCCCGCUGUCCAACACCUUACUAAUACCGCACACACCGUCGACGCGCCGCCUGCUGUCACGGCUCACAAAAGACCUCCUCCUCGAGCUGGUGCUGGGCUCGUGGCUAGACGCUACAAAGACGCAGACCUAUCAGCCGAACUUUGCGCCCGUUGAAGACGAAGACGACGAGGACGAGGAUGAUGAAGAGGAAGAGGGGGGAGGGGAAGGAGAGAGAGGUAUAGAGAAGGCAAGAGAGGCGUACGAGGCCAUGAAGCGCCGCGCCGUGAAGGGGAAAGAGGUUGUUGAGCGUGUGGUAGAGCGCGAAUGGCGGGAUGGACUGAACCUGCUACAGAUUGCGGAGCUGGACUACUCCUACCUCCUCUCCCACCCCACAACGCACAAAUGGACCGCCUCCACCCUGCACCCCCUCAACCGCCCCACGCCCCACGCCCCACCCCCCACACCGCGCUUCCACGCCCCCACCUUCACGCACACCCUCACGAGCACCCUCCGCCCCCUCGUCACAACGCACACCUUCUCCACCCGCCACCCCACCCUCCCGCUACACCUACUCCGCCUGCAACUGCACCCGCACCCGCCCACAGCGCCGCUCUCCCUCCCGCCCGCGAAGCGCAUCUUCUGGCUCGCCUUCCCGACGGCCGCGCCGGGGCCGAGCGUGGGCGUCAAGUUGGAGGGCGCGCAUGUGUUUGCGGGGGUGAGGAGCCUGGUAGAGGCGGGCGUGGUGUUUGAUGGCGUGAAGAUGCCGGGGUGGAUGACGGGCGAGGGCGGGGUGAGCUUUGGGAUGGUGAGGGAUGGGGUGCUGGUGAAGAGGAGGAAGUAG